AUGUCGAAAAUUUCGUUUCUUGGAUUUCUUCUGAUUCUUCUGUUGGCUAUUGACGUGGUAAUUGGAGCUGGAGAUAGUAGACACAAAGGGACAGAAAUAAUCCGUCAAAAACGUCAAUAUCUUGGGUACCCAUACGGUAUGGGUUACCCAUACUCCUAUGGUUAUGGAUACAAUCCCUACAUGAUGUACCGCCCGUAUCCAAUGUACGGAAUGGGAAUGCCCUACUACCGUCCCUAUGGAUUUUGGGGAAAAUGA